AUGACAGCUUAUGUCAAGGAUGGAUCUUCACUGGCCAGUGACAGAUGCUUCAUUGAGCAGUACACAGGAUCUGCUGCUCAAAUCUUGGGCUCACAUGCAACAGCAUUCAAGGAAAUGGAGAGAACUGAACAAAAAAACAACAACAAUCAGUGGGCUCCUUUUCAGAACAAGAACAAGUGGGACUUGGCCUGCUUUCUGAUGAAAAACAUGGGUCAGACAAGGAUCAAUGAGUUUUUAAAACUCUCACUUGUUCAUGAAAGUGGAGUCAAUUUCAGCAGUGCAUACACUGUGACUGAAGAUGGAAGCUGGAGAUGGGAACAGGUUGAGCUGUGGCAUAGAGAUCCAGUCAAGUGUGUUAUGGAACUCAUCAGUAACCUGGCCUUCCAGGAUGCUAUGGCAUACAUCCCUGAGCAUGCAUACAUGGAUUCCAAUGGCACAAAUUGUAUCUAUGAUGAAAUGUGGACAGCUGAUUGGUGGUGGGAUGUGCAGGGAAAAUUGCUUGCCAGUGCUACAGUCACACCUGUCAUCUUGUUGUCAGACAAGACCUCCCUGUUGAUGUUCAUUUCCACACAUGUGAUGACAUUGAUAGGCUACUUACCCAUCUCCAAACUCAAGUGCUUUGAGAAAAAGACCCAAUCACUGGUAGGAUAUUGCCUCUUCCAUCAUGCCAUUUGUAAUGGUGAGGUCAUGAUCUGCACUGAUGGUUGUCUGCAUCAAGUCCAUCCAAUACUUACUGCCUAUGUUGCAGACUUCCCUGAACAAUGUUUGGUGGCUUGUAGCAAAGAGAGUCAAUGUCUGCUCUGUCUGAAUGGGCAUUCUAGGAGGUUUGAUGAUGAAGGUUUUCAUGCUGUGUUUGAACCUUUUUGGAAAGACCUACCCUUCACCAACAUCUUCACCUGCAUCACUCCCAACAUCCUCCACCAACUUCUCAAGGGUGUCUUCCAUGACCAUCUACUCCAGUGGUUCUCACAGUGGACCAGCAGAGAGCACAAAGAGAUGCAGGGGGUAUUCAUUGGUCUACUUUCUGGUGCUGUUGAUGAGCAUGUCCUUGUUGUCUCAUUGCUGGACUUCUUUUAUUAUGCACAGUUACAGCAGCACACAGGGAAGACACUAAAGACUAUGCAAGACAGCCUUGACUCAUUCCACAACCACAAGCAUGUUCUCAUCAAACUCAAAGUGCAAGAGGAUUUCAACAACUUGGCAUACCUGGAACAUUUGAACAUAGACUACACUAAAGAUGCUUAUCAGGCAAGUAACAAGCAUGACUAUUUGGAGCAGAUGGCAUUGUGGCUUCAGCAGCAAGAAGCUAUCCAUUACAAGUCCACCUACCUUGCUUGGAGGCAAUUGCAGAACUACCAGACAAUACCUACUACAGAGUGA